AAUUAAGUAAUUAAUAUAAUGUAAUCAAAUGCUCCUAUGUAAACUUUAUUUGGUACAAAAACUCCUUAAUCAAAUCCUUUUAACUCUGCAACUACUACUGCAAUGCCAUAAACAAAUAAUCUUUUUGGAAAUUUAUAACCAACACAACAAAAUAAUUUGUUAUUUGGAUAGAAUAAUUCUUAAGGUAUAUACUUAUAUUAAUUAAAAGGUGGAUUUACAUAAAAUACAAUGUUGGGAUAGCCACCUCAAAAUUAAGGAAUCUUUAAUUAACCAUAAGCAAUCCCAAAUUUAUUUGGUAAUAAUUCAACUGGAUUUGGAUAAUAAACAAAUUUGUUUACUACUCCUUAAUAAUAAUAAACAGGUUUAAUGCAGAAUGGACUUUAAUAUCAAUAAUAAAAUUAAAUUCAAACUUUUAUUAAUGAUUCAAAUGCUUUUAAAGAUAAAUAUAAUUAAGUGACAUAAAAGAUAAGUGAAAUUGAAAAAAGUUUUGCGAAUUAACCCUCAUAAAAUUAAUAGUGGUAAUAAAUGAUCUAACCUAUUUCACAAAUUAUUUUUCAAAUGGAUACCAAAUCUGUUCUUGAUACUUCUGAAUAACUUUUAGCUGGACAAAAAGAAUAAUCAAAAAAUCUUAAUGAAUACAUCUCUACUGUUGGAUUGGUUUAAAAAAUUACAGAAGAUGGAUUAGAAGUCUUAAAAAAAGAAGAGGCUUAAUGUAUAGAUUAUUAAAAAGCUUAAUAAACUAUGAAGGAAGCAUAUGAUUAAUUAUCAGGAACUGUUAGAAUUAAUCAAUAAUUUUCUGUUCCCUAAAAAUAUUAAGAAUAGUUAAUUCUUUAAUAACAUGAAUAAUUAGAUUUAUUGACCAAUGCUGUAGAUAAAAUGAUUAAAUAUUAUGAAAAAUAACCAAAUAUGGAUGUAGAUGAAGCAUUAUAAUAUAAAUUAAUGCAUUUAUAAACCUUAUCCAAUUAUUAAUGUAUGCUUUCAUCAAGAAUAAGAAAUAUCUAAGAAAAAAGUAUAGAUUUAUAUUUAAUUAGUAUCUACAUUUUAAACUAAAACAUAUUCUUAGAUCAUUCCAGAUAAAAAAAUUGAUGAAUUUUAUACAAUUGAUACACACAAAGACAUGCUAGAUUAAAUUAUUGCUGAAAAAAUAUGA